UAGGGCUUUUUGGAUUUAUUUGGAAGCGACAUAAUUUGCUCCUGUCGGGGCCUGAAUAUCUGAUGAGCUUCUUUCUAAUACACUAAUGUUAAAAUAAAGCUGAAGGUUGCUGUGACAUGCUUUAUAACGCUGCGUGCUUCACUGACCUUAGCAGAAAAUAGGCUGCGUCUCAGAAUUUUACUAUUUUUGUUACAGCCUAUUUUAGAUUUUUUUUUACAGUUACUUGUAAUGCCUUCUUUUCCGUAGCAGAUUCUUUAAAAAAAAUGUCUGAUUUGAUCGACAUGUUUGAAUCAAAUAUCCUCUCUAUGGCUGCUUGAAGUAUCUCUUCCUUCCUUUUUCUUCACCUGCAUGCACUCAUCACCUCUCUUUCCUUCUCUCUCCUUCUGCCCGCCCUGCAGUCCUCACACCCAAGCACACUCUCCCCCACAGCUCCCCAAGAUACAGCCCCCUUUGUUACUGACCCCGCCCCUGGUAUUCCCUCCAGUGGACCCCGCCUCGGGUCCCAGACUGGUCAAAUGUGAGAGGUGGCCCCUGCUCGGGCGGCAAGACCCCCGCGAGCCCCCAGAUCCCUUCGAUUACGAGAGCAUUAUCCCCGACUUGGAGAACGAUGACAUGUUUGCCAGGCGGACUCUGGCCUUCCAGUCCAACACGGACUUGGCGAUGAUGAAGACCAAGCUGACGGCCCGUCGCCCGCUCUACACGUCUGAGCCGCAGCUCAACAUCGUCACGCAACGCCACGCCGACGCCAGCACCGAGGAGAGCGAAUUCCCCGACAUCGAGCAGGACGACGUGGUUUAUCGAAAGGAGAAAACGCAGCAGGAGCAGCGGCCGCUCUCCGGAGCCCCCGACAACUACGCCCCUAUGCCCGUCCCAGAACCAUGGGCACUGCCUCCGGAUCUCAAAGCCCGUCUCCUGUGCCCGCCGUGCCCUCUGACCAAAGAGGCAGGAGGAAGUAAACAGGUUGAGAACGAAAUGCGUCCGAAAACAGAUGACAUGCUCGUCCGGAAAUUUGGGCUUGGCUCUGAUAAGAACUCACUCAGGGGCUCGUCAGCCAAUCAGAUGACGCCCUCAGUGCCUUCCUCCCGUAGCGAGGGCGACCUGCAGAAAUGGCAGGCGAUCAGGGAAGCCAGUCAGCUGAGAUACAAGAAGAAGCUUUUGGUGGCGAGACUGGCUGCUCUGAAGUCAUAAAAAAGUCAUUUCUGUAACUGUUCUCCUCCCGUCGUUGCUUUUUCUUCCGUUUUAUUUUCAGUUUUUAAUCGUUUUCGGUUUGUUUCAGUCUCGAACUAUUUCCUGUCUGAUGGUGAAGUGGUCUAAACGCAUGUCGAUUUAACUUGUAUAUGACUGGUCUGAAGGCUUUCACAGUGACAAAAAGGGAGUUUUAUAAUAUUUGGUCUUCUUUGUGAAGACUUAAAAUGUUCCUUCAGCGUUCACUGGAACUGUGAUUUCAGCAAAAACUGCGACUAAAGGAGCAGCGACAGUUCAAAACCUUUUUUUAAAUUUUUUUUUUAAUCAUUUUUCCCUGUCAGAGAAAAAAAAACAAGGAAUUGUGUGCAAAUGAAAGAAAAAGGUUUAUUAGGGUUUUCUGCAUGAUUGGAAUGUUGUUGGUUUUACUUUAGCGACACACGGUAUGGUUAUGCUAAGAGGAUGGAUAGACAACGUGAUUUUGUUCAUCCUGAGCAUUUUAGAAACAGACCCACUCUCUGCAUUUUAUCUUUUGGUUUCAUUUCUCUUAUCGGAGCGAGUUUGUCUGUGAAUGAACAAAAUAUUCAAGUUUAAUAAAGGAAAAUCCGAGACUU